AUGCAUCGCCACAGACGCGUCCGUCUCAAUGCCCUCAAACCCCUCCUCCGAGCUUAUGCCCUGGGAUAUCUCACCGUGACCGCGCCCAGGCUCUUGGGCCUCUUGAGGAUCCUUCGACGCGACCGUCUGGCAUCAAGAGAGGCUCUGGCUCUCCUCCGCAAGAUUCUUGUAACAUCCGCCCAGUUUAAUCGCUUCCCGACAGCCGCCGCCAUCAUCAUUGGUGGAGCAACUGCCCUCCCCAACCUGGUCCAGACCAUUCUUCUAUCCCUCCUUUCAGCACCUGGCAGGGGAGCAUCCGCACGCCUGAGCAGGAACCUCGCGGCAUGCAUCAAUUUCCUGUGUUCCUUUUGGUCAGCAUGGCUGGCGUUUACCUUGCUCAACCGUGAUGAAACUUGGGUUCGAAGGCGUGCGAUAUCUCGAUCCGUACCCACUGCCAAUGCCAGUGAUCAGCACACUUUAAAUCUGCAACAACCGCUCCCGCCGUCCUAUCAUCCUAAAUAUGCUGGCAAAACCAUUGAUUUUACAGCAUUCGCCUUCUGCCGAGCGCUAGAUGUCAUGGUGAUAACUGUUUGGACGAGAACGAGAACGAGUCCAUGGCUUCCAGAACAGCGAUACCCGCGACUUUCAAACUUCAUCCGCAAGAUUGCGGAUCCGUCAGUGUUUGCAGGUUCCGCUGCAGUCAUCAUGUGGUCAUGGUUUUAUUCGCCUGAACGACUCCCCCGCGCCUAUAAUCACUGGAUCUCAAAAGCCGCUGAGAUAGACCCUCGUCUGAUUCAAGCACUGCGCUUAGCUCGACAAGGCAAUUUCGUCUACGGCGAGGAUACAGCCCAAACACCGCUUCUGACCGGCCUUUGCCGGGAGCUGGGGCUGCCUGACGAAUUCGCCGACCCCUCCAAGACCAUCCCGAUACCCUGUGAGCUGUAUCACUGUGGAACGGGCAAAAGUUGUGAAGUGCAUGCGCUUUCCCGGUUUUGGAGAAGUUGGAGAUUCGCCAUGGGGAUAUACAUGCCUCUCCAACUGCUGACACUCGUGCGUUCACCGAAACCCAAGUCGGUUUGGACGAUUCUUCAUGCUGCAGCAAGGUCCUCAUCCUUCUUGGCUGGCUUUGUCGCUUCCUUUUAUUACGCUGUUUGCCUCGCGCGGACUCGCCUUGGCCCUUGGAUCUUUUCGUACAAGACAGUAACGCCCCAGAUGUGGGAUUCGGGACUCUGUAUCCUGGCAGGCUGCCUUGCCUGUGGCUGGUCCGUCCUCCUGGAGAAGCCAAGUCGACGACAGGAAAUUGCAUUCUUCGUGGCGCCGAGAGCGUUGGCAACGAUUCUUCCUCGCGUUUAUGAUAGCCAAUACCGUCAUAAAGAACAAGUAGUUUUUGCUACAAGUGUCGCAAUGGUUUUAACGACUUUGAACUCUGGCAAUGAGCAGAAUGUUCGAGGAGUGCUUGCCAGAAUUCUGACUAGCAUUUUGAAAGACUGA